AUGUCUAACACACGAGACAAGAACCUCAAGGCGGCAGCCGAGUCUAUGAAAGGCCACCGAGAGGCAAUACUGGGAGGCGGUCCCGAGGAAAAAGUCAAGGCAUGGCUUCAGCUCACUAAAGAUGAGAGUGGUCAUCUCAAAGCCGGGGACUGGAUGCACUCUCUCAUCCCCCAUCUCUCCCUGGUAUCCGUCAACGCCGAAGGGCCUCAUCCGUCAUGUGUCUUUUCUUACACAGUGCAACCCGACAACUGUAACCGCCUCAGGAACUUGCACGGAGGAUGCGCAGCUACUCUGUUCGACUGGUGCACCACGUUGCCACUCGCCCUGGUGAACCGGCCCGGAUUCUGGCUCGGCAUGGGCGUGAGCCGUACUCUCAACGUCACCUACAUGAGGCCGGUGCCGGUGGGUGAGGAGGUGCUCAUUGAUUGCGAGAUUAUCCAGGUCGGCAAGAAACUGGCAACUCUGAGGGGAACGAUGAGAAAGAAGAGUGAUAACUCGCUGCUGGCUGUUUGUGAGCAUGGCAAAGUGAAUAUCGAUCCCGAACCAAAGGCCAAGAUAUAG